UUGUUUCUAAUUGUGUUUUUGGUUUGUGUUUUUUGUUUUGGCGACUUUCGAUAACUUUCGAUUUGUUAGCUAGUGAUAUUUGUGCUGUGCUUCGAUAACUUUCGAUAGCUUCAACCGCGACUGCUUGUCCUGCUUUCGAUAACUUUGGAUUGUGUUAUCAGCGACACCAGUGCUGCUUUCGAUUGCUUCAACCGCGAUUAUUUGCCCUGCUUUCGAUAACUUUCGAUAGCCUGACUAGCGACAUCUGUGCUGCGUUUUGUGCUACUUUCGAUAACAUUCGAUAACAACCGAUAACUGCUCAAAGAUGUGGCGUAUGAUCAACAAACCGGAACGCCGCAAUUUCUAUGUCCGGAACGGUGUGGCCUACACCGAGGAUCGCAUCCCCAUACGCCGUGUCAGCUGGAGCUGUGUGUACCCGAUUCCUUUGAUCUCAGUGACUCGUCACUUCAGCGACUUUGGAUCCCUCUCUGAGGUGACCCAAGACCAUCGCACGGACCUUGGCACAAUUCUUUUUAUGACGGUAUUCGGUGCCGCCAGGGCUCUGUACAAUCAGUCGCAUUUUGUGAACGGCAAGCGGGUGAACUUGAUGGCGAGUCCCACUCGCUAUCAACCGCAGUUUGGAGGCGGAACCAUUUCCGGUUAUGAUCUGGCGAUCACCGACGAUGUACUACGCACUGUGGUGAGAAAAUACCUGACGCUGGAGUCGCGGAUCAAUUUUGCGGCGACGUGCCCGCGCUUCGAGGAGAUUUACCUGCUGGAGUCGAAGAACUGCACCAAGGUGCUGUAUUUGGCGGAGUUGGGCGAACUGACCGAUUGGGGAAUCACGGAGCUGAUGCGUCUGUCGGGGCCGCACAUCCAGGUGAUCCUGGGCGGACCGUUGCCGAUGCGGUGGCCGCACAUGAAGCGUCUGGUCACGAUGCUGGGGCCAUGUUGCCCGGCCCUAAAAAGCGUUCACCUGACCGAAGUGCUACUGACUAACUUUCACUUGAACCACCUGUUCGAACGUUCCCAGGGAAUACGAUGCAUCACGGAACUAACACUGCGGCGCUGUGGACUGAUGGACCAUGACCUGCUAUCUCUGAACGAAAUGUCUUCGAUUAUGUAUCUUGAUGUGGGGUGGAACACGGGCUUAGUGGGGUUGACCCUCUAUGCUCUCCCCCACUCCAUAGCUACCCUGGUCCUGAGUCGGUGCCCUAACCUCAAGCCUAGCAACCUUCAGCGGCUGGGCAACCGACCACAAUUGCGUAAUCUCAGGUGUUCGAUCAUCCUGUACCGGACCAUCAACGUGGAAUGGAUGGAGGACAAUGAGCCCAAUACGAACGAGGAGGUCUACAAACCGCUUGUUGUCAAGUGCCCAAAAUUGUAUAUCUUGGAGGUCACUGUGUGCCCCUACCAGGAUGAGGAUGAGAUUGCUAAUUUUCCAGAGCUGACGAGAUUGACGUUGGUGCCCCUGCCGAUAGAGCCAGAACCCUAUUCCGUCAAGGAUUCUCUGAUGAGUGCCCUCGCGGAGAAGAACAUAUUGGAGCAUUUGGACAUCGGGUAUGCAAAUUCGAGCUUUGUGGGCAUCGACAGUCUGCGGGCCAUUACUCGUCUCACCCAUCUGCAAAGUUUGACGUUGCCGAACCAAGAUCUUUCUGAUUUCGAUUUAAGGGAUUUGGCGAACCUUUCCGAUCUCCGAUACUUGAACGUGAGUGGCUCGACGUAUUUAACCAACACUACCGUUGUGAAUCUGGUCAAAAAGUUGCGUCGGCUGAGGGUGUUGAGCGUAAGGCGGUGUCCUAAGAUCUCCUGCGAGGUCUUUCCGGCCCUGUUGAUGGAGUUGCGUAGUCGCCGCCAUGACUUGAGCGACGAGCACUUGGCCAAGUCUCUGGAAUUGGAUGUCACUUUCACCAAGGUCGUAUCAAUAGAGAUUCCAGAAGCACAGGACUUGCUCAAAGUCAUUAUCUAAAGUUUCCAAGGACUCUUCUUUUUAAGAUUCAGUAUCUACAUAUUUCGUCUUCCCCCAAAAUUUCCGUUCUUGUAUUUUUUCACGUUUUGGGCCUCCAAU